AUGGCACUGUUUGAAAGGUUGAAUAAUUUGGCUUCGAAGCUUCCAAAUAAUACGGAUAAUGACAAUUCUUCGUUCUUCAACCAAAAGUUCUUUGAUGAGCCAGAAACUGGAAUUAGCACAUUGAUGGACAAGUUCAAGGCAUUGGAUUCUGCCUCUCAGAAACGUGAUUAUGUUUACGAGCUUCUGGAAGAAGCGCUCUCUCUUCUGAAUAGAAAACCCGAAGAUAAACCAGAAUCACUGAAUCUAGAUGCCAUUGGAAAAGUUAUAGUCUUAUUAUGCGAUCAUGACAGGUUCAACUUUGAUAUAUUUGUCUCAUUAGUCAAUUCUUUCCCCUGGGAACCUGAAAACGGACUAUAUGAUCUACUUGGAUGCAUGAAAGAGCUACAAACGGAUCUAUGUGUCUAUUUGAAUGACUCCUUUCUUUCAAAAGGGCCCGAAAAGUGGUCCAAGGAUUUUUGGUCUUCCUUCAAGAAGGCAAUUGUACCAGAGUUUUUCCUUUUACAAAAACCAAACGUCUUCUUAGAAUGCUCUACAGGUUUCAGUCAACUAAUUUUAAUGUUAUCCAUAGCUUUUGAGAACGUUGAUAGAUUCCAGUCAGUGCAGUAUUAUAGCAAACAAUUGAAAUUCAUCAUGGGUAAAUAUAGAUUAGACCCAAUUAGAUGUCUAGAUCUAAUAUUGCAAGUAUGCUCCUUGCAUGUAGUGGAACACCAUGAAUUUAUACUAGAGCUUUUGCGUUUAACUGAAUUCUGGCCACAUUCCAAUUUGGCAAACUGUCAGGAAUACGAACAUUUGAACCAAGGUGGUAACCCAGUAGCUACACGUUUAAUAAUAAAUCAUUUGAACACGCAAAGCUCCGAUGAAAAGUAUAUCGAUUUGGUGGUACAGUUGAUAAAAGGUGGCUUUGUCUCGUUUGCCGCAAUCUUUGAUUGCCUUACCCCUGGUGAUAGUACCAUUGAAGAAUUUGUCAGUCUAAAGCUAAAGAAAUUGGAGGAAGAAUCACUUGAAGGUUCCUUGAAUCCACUAGCUAUGGCCGCAGUUUUGCCUGAUGAUGAUGAUGAUGAUAAAGAUGAUUCCAAGGGCAACGAAGACACAAAGGCUUCUGACCUCAAAGAUGCGGAAAUGUCAGAAAAAGAGAGAGAAGCAUUACUUUCUGAGAGUGUGGAAACAUCGCCAAAGUGGAAACUUGUUGAACGAUUACUCACUCACAGUAUGUUAAUGCCUGGCUUGUACGCUCUUUUGAAGUACCCAAAGUUCUUCAAUGUUAAUGAUAAAUUGGUCGAAUGUGUAUUACAAGUAUUUGAUGACAUGAUCGAGCCUCUUCUUAGAUCCCUUAACAAAAUGGACAUUUCCCAAAGCUUCCGUCCAAUAUCAAAACUAUCCCAUAACGGAAUUCCAACCAAACAAGAUCGUUUGGUGAGGCAGUAUAACUCAUUACAGAAGACUCCAAGCUUCAUACAAGGUGCGCAGUACAUUUUCUACAGUCAAGAUACGCGCGAAAAUAUCCUAAAAAUCGAAACUAUACAAGAACUGUUUGAUUAUUCCCAUCUUCUAUUUGAUACUAUUGGUCCACGUAUACUUCUUAAUCCAAAACUUGUUGAACAUAUCUGUGCAAUUAUCGAAUCUGACAUAUCGAAUAACUCACAAAAUGAGAAUAAUUUAGAGAAAUGGAUUGAUUACACAAGAAAGUUCUUAGUUCCCGUAUUGGGGUUGAUUGAAGAUCAACAAAUAGUGGCAAAUGCGAUAUAUUCUGUCAUGAAACAUUUCCCUUAUGAAAAAAGAUACUUCCUUUACAAUGAACUAAACACUAAAAUAUCAGAAGAUAACAUUCAUGUUCGAUUACAGUUUAACAAAUAUCAAAAGAAGAUAAGGUCUCUCCUUAAGUCAUUAAGCAUUGAUAAUAUAGCGGUUAAAUGCAGAGAUGUGGCGAACUAUGUCUCUUGUAAUCCUUUAUCAACACUAGGAUCAAUUUUGAAGCAAAUAGAAAACUACGAUAAGGUUUCUGAGUUGAUAGUCGUAAGUGCAGAAUUCUUCUCUGAGUUUGCGUAUGAUACUCUACAGUACAUUUUACUUAUUCAAUUAGCUUCUGAAAGAUCUACUUUGCAGGAUGACGGUAUUACUCCAAAAAUGUGGAUUAGUAGACUAUCUUUGUUUAUUGCUGGAUUAGCAAAGGUAUGCUCCAAAAUGGACAUGUCGAAUAUAUUUGUGUUUAUGGUUAAAAGUUUACACAAGGACCCUUCUUUGACAUUAUCCAUUUUAAAGGAGAUGAUUACUCAAGUCGCAGGUAUUCAAAAUCUCUAUGAUGUUAAUUGGAACACUCUAAUUAUGUUGAACUCAGGUCCCUUUUUGAAACAAUUAGGGAGAGCUUUAGUGUUGGACUUCAGAGACAAAUAUUUCAAUCGCUCUAAGGCUAUUAUUAAUUACUUGGUAAAAUUGAAUGCUGUAUCUGAAAUGAUUGUAAUGCUCACUAAUUUGAACUUGAAAAUCCAAUCUGAAAAUGAUGUUCAUUUCAAAAUCCUAUCAUCAAAAUGUGAUGAAUCCAACUCUCUACUUUGGUCAUUCAUUGAGCUUCUAAAACAUGUUUUAACCGAAGAACAGUUCAAAGCCAAUGUAUUGCCAUUUAAUGUCUUAAUCGAAGAAUAUCAAUUUCCUAUUGAGUGGGCUUUUGAUAUUUGGAGAGAUUACUUUGAUUCAAAAUUAGUGAGAUCUGAGGAAGAUGCCUCGCAGAUCAACAAUAUCUUAUAUGAUACAAACUUCAAUAGCAUUGAAUUCAAUAAUCUUGAGAAAACUCUUUUGAUUGACUUCUGGAGACUCUCACUCUAUGACAUAAGAUUGGAUGAAAAACUUUACAAAGAGCAGCAUGAUUUAUUCGAAGGAAAGCGUAGGAAUGCAAAGGUGCUCAAAGAAAGACAUUCAUUAUUAAAUGACGUCCAAAAAAUAUCUAAUGAUCUCUCUGAGCAUCGAAACGUAUUGGAAAAAACUAAAAAACUUCUAGAAGAAAAGAAAGCUUUAUGGUUCCCUGUAAUGUCUAGUGAACGUAUUGCGGCAUUUUUACAGCAUUGUGUUAUUCCAAGAGUUAUCUUUUCGCCAUUUGAUGCAAUUUAUUCUGCUACUUUCAUAACAGAGACAUUUAGUAAGCAGGAAGUUCUUGAUAUUGUCAAACAGCUCGUUUCUUCUGGGAUCCUUGGCACUUUACUGUUUUCUUUGACUGUGAACGAGUCCAGUAAUAUGGCAUUGUUUUUCAAAGAUAUUUUUGUGAAGGUGGAGGAGUGGAGACAUCUUGCUUUGUUCGAUGAUAAUGAACUUACAAAACAGCAGCUAUGCGAAGUUUAUUACGAACUUACAGAACAGGUCUCGUUUGCCUUAGAAGAAUCGAAUUAUAUGUCUAUAAGAAACACGAUACAAUUCCUAAACUUCAUAAGUGAAGUCUUCCCUGUGGUUGAUGAACAUUUGCAGUUAGUAUUAGAAACGCUAGAUGAUCUAUUGGAAAGGGAAAAGAGAGAAGAUAUCAUUCUUCCAUGUAACGCCUUAAAAGGUCAUUUGAAAGCAAGAUUGGCUACUGCUUCCAAAAAGUCAGAUUUUGUAACUCUUCCUGAAAGUGAGGUCAAAAAGUAUCAAGAAGAACUAGCAUUAAUCAAAAAGUACCGUGAUGCCAAGAAAGCUGAGGAGUUGGAAGAAAAGAGAAAGGAGGAAGCUGAACAACGUGAACGAGAAAUUGCGGAAAGGAAGAGUUCAGAUAACACUCAAAGCACGAGCUCUCACUCGAAAACAAACGGAAAUCGUGCCAUUCCUAUAUCACAAGUGAUGGAUGGGUUAUACAAGGUCGAAAGGCACAUCAAAGAUGUAGACUACAGUAGAGCUGUUCCAUUCAUUUACGAUCUUCAAUCUCAAAGUGAUUUCAGAAAGUUGAUACAUAAUCCAAACAAUAUCAACUCCUUCAGAAAUAAGUUAAGGAUUUUGCUCGAAGAUUACUAUGAGAAGGUCACAAAUAAUCCACCAGAACAUUACAAAUCGAUAUUUGAAUCUAUACUAAAGAGCACUCAAUCUGCACCUCUGCCACAAGGUCCUAUAUCUAGCAGCAUGUACGAAGAAAGUGAUGUGAAACCUACUAAGGGAGCUGCUUCAAAAUACUCUAGUGAUAAAUCUCGUACAACCACUUCCACAAGGAUUCCAAGUGAGCCUAAAAAUGCUAAUCAAAGUUCGACUAAUACGAAUUCCAGGGCUACACCUGCUACUGCUACUGCUGCUAGUACUACCCCCGCAUCCCGCUACCAACGCAGUUCUGGUCCCGUAAAUCUACCGAAGGCUCCUGCUGGCGCUUCAAAACCUGCAACCACUCAGAGCAGAUUCCAUAAUGCUCUACCUUCUGGUCCUCGUAAUGAUAACUCGUACAAUAACCGAAACUCUAACAACCCCAAAUCCUCCUCUGCUGCCUCUCAACCACCUGCCAGAUCGUACGGUAAUCACAACCAAGGCAAAUCUUUCGGCAACAUUCCAAACGAACCACGAAAGAGACAAUCAGAAGAAUCUUAUCAAGGCUCUAGCAGAUUUUCCAAUUCGAAGAGACCCAAGCUAAACGAACGUGAUCGCGAUCAUGAUCGCGACCGUUCAUCAAAAGUUCAAAACUCUCUACCAACUGGACCAAAAAGACAAGCAGGAGGCUCCAGAUUCUCAAGAUAA